GGCCCCGGAAGGGCGCCCAUGGAGCUGGGACUGUCGGCUCGACUGACGGCUAUGGCGCCACUGCUGGAGUAUGAGCGGCAGCUGGUGUUGGAGCUACUCGACACGGACGGGCUGGUAGUGUGCGCCCGCGGGCUCGGCGCGGACAGGCUCCUGUACCACUUCCUCCGGCUGCAUUGCCACCCGGCAUGCCUGGUGCUGGUGCUCAACACGCAGCCGGCCGAGGAGGAGUAUUUUAUCAAUCAGCUGAAGCUGGAAGGCGUCGAACACCUCCCUCGCCGAGUAACAAAUGAAAUCGCAAGCAACAGUCGCUAUGAGGUUUACACCCAAGGAGGUGUGAUAUUUGCAACAAGCCGAAUACUUGUGGUUGAUUUCUUGACUGACAGAAUACCUUCAGAUUUAAUUACUGGCAUCUUGGUGUACAGAGCUCACAGAAUAAUCGAGUCUUGUCAAGAAGCAUUCAUCUUGCGCCUCUUUCGCCAGAAAAACAAACAUGGUUUUAUUAAAGCCUUCACAGACAAUGCUGUUGCCUUUGAUACCGGUUUUUGUCAUGUGGAAAGAGUGAUGAGAAAUCUUUUCGUCAGGAAGCUCUAUCUGUGGCCAAGGUUCCAUGUAGCAGUAAACUCGUUUUUAGAACAGCACAAACCUGAAGUCGUAGAAAUUCAUGUUUCCAUGACACCUGCCAUGCUUGCCAUACAGACCGCUAUACUGGACAUUUUAAAUGCAUGUCUAAAGGAAUUGAAAUGCCAUAACCCAUCGCUUGAAGUUGAAGAUUUAUCUUUAGAAAAUGCAAUUGGAAAACCCUUUGACAAGACAAUCCGCCAUUAUCUGGAUCCUUUGUGGCACCAGCUUGGAGCCAAGACUAAAUCUUUGGUUCAGGAUUUGAAGAUAUUACGAACUUUGUUGCAGUAUCUCUCUCAGUAUGAUUGUAUCACAUUUCUUAAUCUUCUGGAAUCUCUGAGAGCAACAGAGAAGGCUUUUGGUCAAAAUUCAGGUUGGCUGUUUCUUGACUCCAGCACCUCGAUGUUUGUACAUGCUCGAGCAAGGGUUUAUCAUGUUCCAGAUGCCAAAAUGAGUAAAAAAGGCAAAAUGUCUGAAAAAGUGGAGAUUAAGGAAGAGCAAGAAACAAAAAAGGAACUGGUCCUGGAAAGCAAUCCAAAGUGGGAAGCGCUGACUGAAGUACUGAAAGAAAUUGAGGCAGAAAAUACAGAGAGUGAGGCCCUUGGCGGUCCAGGUCAAGUACUUAUUUGUGCAAGUGACGACCGAACAUGUUCCCAGCUGAGAGAGUAUAUCACUAUGGGAGCAGAGGCCUUCUUGCUGAGACUCUACAGGAAAACCUUUGAGAAGGAUAGCAAAGCUGAAGAAAUGUGGAUGAAACUCAGAACGGAGGACAGCUCAAAGAGAAUUAUGAAAUCUAGCAAAAGAACCAAAGACCCCAAAAAUAAAGGAAGGACUUCUAUCAAAGAAAGGACUGUCAAAAAGAGAAAACGAAGGUUAACUUUAAAUCAGAUGAUUGGGCACCCUGAAGAACUGGAAGAAGAAGGGGACGGCAAGGAAAGAUGUUCUAGAGACGUAAGCAGUAGCCCAGAAAGCUGCUUAGAGGAAAUUAAGCACGAGGACUUUGAUUUAAACUUGUCCUCCGAUGCCGCUUAUGGAAUCCUGAAAGAGCCCCUCACUAUCAUCCACCCACUUCUGGGCUGUAGUGACCCCUACGCUCUGACAAGGGUACUCCAUGAGCUGGAGCCGCGAUACGUGGUUCUGUAUGACGCAGAGCUGACAUUCGUUCGACAGCUUGAAAUCUACAGAGCAAGUCGGACCGGGAAACCUCUGAGGGUUUACUUUCUUAUAUAUGGAGGUUCAACUGAAGAACAACGCUAUCUCACUGCUUUGCGGAAAGAAAAGGAAGCUUUUGAAAAACUCAUCAGGGAAAAGGCUAGCAUGGUUGUCCCUGAAGAAAGAGAAGGCAGAAGUGAAACAAACCUAGACCUGGUAAGAGGCUCCAUGUCUACAGGUGUUCCUGCCGACACUCGUAAAGCAGGUGGACAGGAACAGAAAAGUACGCAGCAGACUAUAGUUGUGGAUAUGCGCGAGUUCCGAAGUGAGCUCCCAUCUCUGAUCCACCGUCGGGGUAUUGACAUCGAACCAGUGACCUUAGAGGUCGGGGAUUAUAUUCUGACUCCAGAAAUGUGCGUGGAGCGCAAGAGUAUCAGCGACCUGAUCGGCUCGUUGAACAACGGCCGCCUCUACAGCCAGUGUAUCUCUAUGUCUCGCUACUACAAGCGCCCGGUGCUCCUGAUCGAGUUUGACCCCAGCAAGCCUUUCUCCCUCACUGCGCGAGGUGCCUUCCAUCAGGAGAUCUCCAGCAAUGACAUUAGCUCCAAACUCACGCUCCUCACCCUCCACUUCCCCCGGCUUCGGGUGCUCUGGUGCCCCUCCCCUCACGCCACCGCCGAGUUGUUCGAGGAGCUGAAACAAAAUAAGCCGCAGCCGGAUGCAGCGACAGCCAUGGCUGUCACGGCGGAUUCUGAGACCCUCCCCGAGUCAGAGAAGUACAAUCCUGGUCCCCAAGACUUCUUGUUAAAAAUGCCAGGGGUCAAUGCCAAAAACUGUCGCUCCUUGAUGAGCCACGUUAAGAACAUUGCAGAAUUAGCAAGCCUGUCGCGAGACAAGCUCACAAGCAUUCUGGGGAACGCUGCAAACGCGAAGGAGCUCUACGACUUCCUUCACACCUCGUAUACCGAGAUUCUCUCCAAAGGAAAAGGGAAGACAUGACCAGUGGUGGCUGUUCUCUUAUCCCAGGACUGUGCUUUCCGGCUGCACUAGGUCAUUAUUAAUUAUCAGCCCCUUAGUUCAUGCUCUUCCAAUGUUUUUAAGGAUUGUGCCGUCUGUUUCCUAGGUCGGUGGACCAGAAGCCAAGAUUCCUCCCUGAACUUUGCACUUAGGCCUCCUCUUAAUUUUCCCAUGCCAGCUCUCCUUCCUUCCCGCUGUCCACGCCAGGGGUCACGUGUUCAGUUUUUAAAUGAGGUGUGUCAGGAUCAGGUAAGGUUUCUACAAGUGUUUCUAGAAGGCCACUUUGGAGACAAGCUGACAUUUACGUUUCCUACACAAACCGAUGCAGCACACAAUCGUAUUCUUCCCCUCUGGCUGGAGAGGGGCCCCUGGAACACUGACAAGGAGAUGUCCCUGCCCUUCCUGACCAGUUUGUCUCCACCACAUGGUCCACAACUGCGUUCUUCUCCCACCUAUCUGCCUUGAAGGAAAACUUGUGGGGACUUUCCCCUAUGAAUUUAAGACAGCCACCUCUAAAAUGGCUGAUUAAUUUUCUAGUCACAUGAAUAGAUGUAGAUGUACCCCUCAGUUGUUGAAAAACCAGUAUUUUUAAAACAUGAAAUGAGUUACCUGUUUGCAGAAUUGGAUAGUGUAGGUGAGGAACCCUUAAAAUUCUCCGUUUUUACAGAUAUUUAACCUCCUAAUCCCAGAGAUCUCGAUAAGCCCAAAUGGCUAGGAGUAGUCCCUUAAAACUUCCUCUUUCCCCAGCCUCUCUUCACAUAGCCUCAGACCACCAGCAGUGUAUCCUCUAGAAAUGCGAGGUAAGCUCAUCUUCUGUGAUGCUCCACUUCUCACGCUCCUGUGCCCGAGCACCUCCCUGCACCUCUGUGUGAGGACAAACAAAUGAGUGACCCACAAUACAGUAUUUGGUCGGCCUGCCUUGAGUUGAGAUACAAGGACUGUAAGUAUAUGAAAAGUCAGAGCAUGGAUUAUAGAAACAGUCGAAAGAAAUCUAGGUAGUUAAAAAGUCAUGAAGAAAACAAUCUCAUUCUAAACCUCUUUCUGAUUUAGUUUAGCUUUUUACUGAGAUGUACAUACAGGGCAUUCACAGCAUCUUUGUGCAGUUUUUAAACUUUUAUAUUUAAACAUUCUUAACUUAGGUAUUAUUCCCAUAGUUAGUAACGAGGAGUAAAUAUUCUACCUCAAGAGCUGAUACAGGCAUCAGUUCUGCUAGCCUUACCACGCAGUCAGACGUCUCGACAGUGUCAGCCAUGUUUUUGUUUUUCACCCUGUUUGAUCUCAGAGGACACAGUGGACCAUGUAACACAAAAUGGACUUCACCUUGAACAAAAGGACGUUUAACUGUCCUCCCCAAACUGAACGUCUCUCGAUUUCUCGGUAUGUUAACACUGUCAAAGUCUGUGUGGCUUUUAAACUAUACAAGGGUACUACAAGAAUGAAUUGAGGGGGAUCAAGGAACCCUGUUGGUUAUCGUAGAACUCUACAGAGAUUUGGAGGGUAGAGAACAGGACGAGAAACAAAAAUUAAUUCCUGGAAAAAUAAAGAUUUGAGCUACUGAUUUUGUCCCAGGGUUAAGAAUAUACCCUUGAGAAUAAAAAACAAAAAUGUCAGGUAUACCUAUGUUAACUUUCACUUUUGUUACUGUGUCUUUAAGGGUUCAGUCGUAGUUAAAAGUACAUUAAAAUAGACACACGAUCUCAAAUAGUCAUGUUUGUUAUAAUUUUUCUUCAAACCUUUUCUAGCACUUCUGCUUGAGGUGUGUAAUUUCCUGUUUUUUUCUUCCUGUAUAAUUCCACCUGCCUUUUAUUGUUCUUUCAUUGCAUAAAAGGAGAAUCCUAACACAGUACAUUCUUUGAUAAGGGUUUCACUCCAAGUUAAGUUUUCAAAAAUAAGCUCUUCUUAAAGCUACCGUUUAAACAGUCCUUGUUGUCUAGUACAACAGAGGUAACAGUGCCAAGUGUAUUUAGAAAGCCAGUGUACCUGGCUCCCAAAUUCUUGAUAUUUGCCAUUGUAUCUACUGGACUUUUAAAGCCAGAUGCACCAUCAUGUAUAUUUGAAUUAUGAACUCUGCCACGGGCAUUAUAGAUGAAAGGCUCUCACUGCCACUUCCUCUGUCAACUAAAUACAUAUAUUUUAAUGGGUCUCCAGUUGUGAAAACCUUCGAUACAACCAUCAUGUACUUACUUGUAUCAGAUGUUUUUUACAAAUUUUUACAAUCUAAGAAUCUUUGGCAAAGGAACUAGAAAUGCACACAGUUGCAAAAUGACUAUUCAUUUUUGUAGCAUCAUUUUGUUAGCUUUGCCUUUUUCUUUCAGAAUCGUAAGUAUCCAGUUUACUUAUGAACUCAUUGCUUAGCUUUUGAAAAGCGUUUUUUAAAAACUUAAUACAGAAUUCUAUUUUACAAGUUUUUUGCAUAAAAAUUUGAGCAUAUGAAAUAUUGUGAGAACCAUUUCAAUUUUGCUUGUUUAAAUCAUAGUGCCUGUCUUUGUAUUUCCUUAAAAUUAUACAAGAAGAAAUAAUUUUUAAUAGUGGCCAUAAUAAUGUCCUUUUUGGUAGUAAGGUGCUUUUUCUUCAAGCUGAGGCUUAGUAGACUGUAUGUCUACAUAUGUUUGCGUAUAGCCAGAGAGCAUUUCCCAGCUCAUGAGGGUCUGAAAAUAAUUGUCCCAUUCAUCAACCCAUUGGAACCCAGAGGGUUAAGUCUAGAUUUGGUUGUGUUGAGAUAGCAGUAUAAAUUAAUAAGUGGCCUUGAGCAGGAAAAUCUACACUGAAAGGAAAUCUGAAGAAGUAGGUGGGGGGAGAGAGACAGUAUUAGUCUUUGCUUUUGUUUUUUCAAGCAUAAUUUGAUUUUCCUUUGCUUAGAACACUCUUUAGGGAAAUUCCCUUCUCUUUGGUGUUCAGUUUAACCUAGAAAUGUCCUCUUAAAAACCACAUUGUAGGAAAAUUCUUUUUUCGGGCUUGAGUAUGUGAAAAUUUAUCCAGAUGUCGACAUGAGUUGUCAUUUUUCUUGAUUUUUUCACUUUCUAUUUUAAUUUUAUAGCUCUUCCUAUUCAAUGCUCAACUUCAGUAUUUAUCCACAGGUUAUUGGUGGCCUACACCACUGUUGCUUUUUGAUUUAAGGGUGUGUAAGCCAAAAUCUGGAUGGGAGGGAGACAUUUAUGGUUUGUAGCAAUUUGUAAUGGAGUUCGUGUGUUUGUUUUAAUAAAAUGUGUAUUUAUUCAGUAUUUUCCUCAGCAUUCUGUGGACAAAGUAAAAAUUGUAUAGUAAAUGGGCAUAUAUUCCCAAUGCAUUAUUAUUUACCAAUUUGUUGGUAAAUAUAAUUUAAAAUUCAGAGGAUAUUUAAUUUGUUCUUUUUUGUUGUCAGAAUAAAUGAUUA